CAUUUGCAUCUACAGCUUGAUCUGCAGGAUAGGACCAACAUCAGAAGGAAAAUCCUUCAGCCGUAUCUCAGAAACAGUCUUUUGUUCACUGCUGUUGACAAAAUAGAGAAAAUCCUUCAGCUGAAGUUGUGUAACAACUGGCUCAAAAAUAGCCAAGGGACGCAAAGCCACAUCUUAAAAUAGCUCUCAAAGAUUACCAACACUACCAGUAAUGGGUAACAGCAAGAGUGGAGCUGUGUCCAAGGAGMUCCUCGAGGACCUGAAACUCAAUACCAAGUUCUCAGAGACUGAGAUAGUCCAGUGGUAUGAAAACUUUAAGAAGCAGUGUCCAACGGGUCGUAUCAGCAAAGAAGAGUUUCAAAACAUCUACAGCAAGUUCUUCCCUGAAAGCGAUGCCAAUACUUAUGCCCAACACGUCUUCCGUUCUUUUGACACUAAUGAUGACGGCACACUAGACUUCAAGGAGUACAUUAUUGCCCUCCACAUGACGUCAACAGGAAAGACCACAAGUAAGCUGGAAUGGGCCUUCUCGCUGUAUGAUGUGGACAAAAAUGGAUACAUCACCAAGUCAGAGGUCUCAGAAAUCUGCUUGGCAAUUUUUAAGCUGAUUCCAAAAGAUGAAGUGGGAGAUUUACCYGAGGAUGAAAACACACCUGAGAAGAGAACAGAUAAACUUUGGAAAAUCUUUCAGAAGGGCGAGAAUGAUCGAGUCGCUGAGGGAGAGUUCAUCCAAGUGCUGCUGGAAAACGAAGAAGCUCUUCAUCUGAUUCAGUACGAGCCUUCAAAAUAAAACGUCUCUCAGACCGAUCCUUCAUUCCCCCAGUUUCUGUCAUUCUGUUAGGACGGCGACUCCUGACAGUUUCCUGAAMACAGAUGAUUUAUACCCCAGAAUAAAUAAUGAAAUAUAUUCUCCUGCUUGCUUUUUCAUAACAUGUGUUCCCUGCACACGUGUAUUGUAGUGUGUAACAUUAAAGAAAGUGCUCAUGUAAAAAAAACAUCCAUAUCUACACUUAAACAAUCCUAAGAUUUCCAACAAAUGACCAUUAACUGCUUCCUGUUGAAACUUAAACACAUUCAAAUAAAAUGUGGAUGUUUUGUUUUCUGCAGAAGCAAUCACUAUUUUUGUACACAGACUGCAUUAAAUGAAGCACAUUCAUUUAUUCCUGACAGCAUGUAUUUAGUUUAGACGCUUUAAAAAGUGGUCAUAAAGAUCUGUUAUUCAUGAUAAAGUGUCCUGUGCAUUAGUUUAACUAUCAUCCUAUGAAACUCCUCACCUGUUUUUUGUUUGUUUUAUUCGGCAUAAUAAUUGGCUCAAUUUUACAUGUUUGAUGUUUAGUGAUGAAGGUGAAAAAGUAGGACAAGACCUGGAUUUCCUUUGUUAUAAAGUCUACAAACGUGAACAAUAAAGUUCUAACAAAUAAC